AGAGACGAGAGUGUAUUUGUAACCUGCUGGAAGAAGAAGCCAAUUAAACUGUCUCUUGACAUUAGAGUAGAGAUACGGAAGGUUAAAAAGCUGGAUCAUAUAAACAUUGAGAAGGUCAAAGCUGUCUGUCUAGGCCCUCCAUUUGUUGCUAUAGUAACAGAACUCGCUAGCAUGGGAAGUUUAUAUGACACCCUUCAUGCUGAAAAUGUUGAUGUGCCAUUGGAAAUCAAGUAUGCUUUCAUGGAAGACAUUUGUAGAGGUAUGAUGUUUCUACACGAUAACUGUGGAUUGACACAUGGUAGAUUAAAAUCAACAAACUGCCUUCUACACAAAGGCUGGAGAGUAAAGAUUACUGACAUAGGCCUACCAAGUCUACGAAAGAGCCUCGAGAGUAAUAUCAAUUCGAAAAUAACGAGAAAAUAUGGCUACUAUAAUCAAGAUGCUAAUCAACAGAAGCAAAACACAACACCUGUGGAUUUCAACAGCCUUUUGUGGACCGCUCCAGAGUACCUGUCACCUGCGAUUGUGAACAUUGAUCAGAUUGGGCACGUUCGCUUUGAAGGUGACGUGUAUAGCUUUGGCAUUCUUAUGGCGGAAAUCCUGACAAGGAGACCUCCGUACAGUGAAAUCAAACUAAUGUCAGUUCAACAUAUCAUUGAAGCGGUUGCCCAUCUAAGAGAGCCAAUGGUUGACCUCGAGGUGAUCAGGCCUGGUUCCCCUACAGCUAGGCAAGAUUUGUUAUCACAACAAGCAAAGAUCAUGCGGCCACGUGUCCAAUUUCACGACUUACCGAAAGAAGAGCCAGGCAAAAGCAUAUUAAAAGUCUUACUGGACAGUGCCUGGUCAGAUGACCCGGACGUGAGGCCACCAUUCUCCCACAUCAAAUCUGUUUUGAGAAUAAUUGCACCUCUAAAAGGUGACCAAAUGGAAAAACGGGCAUUUCUGCUUGAGAAAGAAACGGAGACAUUAGAAAAGUACAUUUCGUAUGAUACUAGAAUGUUAGAGAAAGAAAGAGAGAAGGCAGAUGACUGGCUUAGAAGAUCCGUUCCGUCUGAUAUCUACAUGACAAUUCGCGACGGAGACCAGUUUGAUGCCUCGUCACUCGAGUGUGUAUCCGUGGCCUCAUUCCAGAUAGAGGACUUCCAAGAAAUUGUAUCUAAAAGCGACCCAGAUGAAUUGGCUGGUCUGUUGGAUUAUAUAUUCAAAUCUUUUUCAGCAAUAGCAACGAAACUGGGAUUAGAUUUCGCAGAAAUCGAUAUGACAUCAAAUAGUUUUAUCGUAGUUUCAGAUGACCGAAAUAGCGCAGUCGAAGCAGAGUCUGUUGUCAUAUACUGCCUCAAUGUUUUGAAAAGACUGAAGAAUCUGGAGGUUAUAUACAACCCCAGCCUGAGUCUGCGAUUUCGUGUAGCAGCACACUGUGGCUAUGGGGUGGCCGGUAUCAUGCGAGAUAGUAGUGAGACACUCAAGUACAAAGUGUUUGGAGAUGUCAUAAAAACGACGAUCAAGUUAUCGAGAAUGAGCAAGUCUAACUGUCUUUUAAUAACGGAGACGUGUGCAAGACUCAUCGAAAAAAAUGACAAAGUGAGCUUGGUCCAGAGAUCAGGUACAUUUAUCGACUCUGGUUUCAGUUUAAAAACAUACUGGGUUAUUUCCACGUAAUAAACCUAUAGGAUUUUUAUUACAAAUUAAAAAAUCAUUUUCGUCAUUAUUUAUGUAUAGAUUGUUGUAGUUUGUUUAUGAUAUCGAGUUCUUAAAGAUCUCUUUUUCACAUUUUUAUUCUGAUCCUAUUUCAUUUAAGUGGUUAUCAGUCCACAAAGUUUCAAUCGCCUUCCUUCUUUGCUGAACCUUCGAUGAUUUUAUAUUGCACCAUGUCAAAUGCUAGCGAUUCGCUAUCAAUGGAAAGAUAUCAUAUGGCCUAAAACGUUUAACUUCUCAAAACUUUUUCGAAUGGUUUUAGUAAAAUUAAAAGCAUGUCAAAUUUUGACUGAGAUUUCAUGAUACGGACGUUCGGAACUCCUCCAGAAGACUAGGUUCCUGCGCAUUGUCCCUUUUGUCUUGAUCAUUUAUGGAUCAAAAUUUUCAUACCGCCACAGUUUGCUCAACUUUCCCGUCAGACAUGCUAGUUACGAAUCAAAUUAGCCUUUGGUAUGUUUGUAAGAAGAGCCACUCAAAUAAUGCCAGUAGGUGAUGUAAGAGUGGCUCUUCAACGAUAAAUGUAAUUAGAUAAAUUAAUUUUUACAAUGAUGAUGAUGAUGAUGAUGAUGAUGAUGAUGAUGAUGAUGAUGAUGAUGAUGAUGAUUAUGAUGAUGAUGAUGAUUAUUAUUAUUGUCAUUAUUAUUAUUAUCAUUAUUAUGACGACGACGAUGAUGAUGAUGAUGAUGAUGAUGAUGAUGAUGAUGAUGAUGAUGAUGAUGAU